GUUUCACAUGGUUAGUACUCUUUCCCUGUGAACACCAACAUCAUGCCUCCAUCCUCAGAACAAAGCUUCAGAGCCAAUCUCUCCCAAUUCCGCUGGGCCAGAGGCGUCACAGAUGACUCUCAACAAACCCAACAACCACUUCAAUCCUCAAACCCAUUCUCGCGCUUCUACAACGCCGUAGCAGGCGACUACAUCCCUCUCAGAUCCAAUGAACGCUCGAACGAAGACGAAGCAUGGUUUGCACUAUCACGUUGGGAGAGGCUGCUCGGGUUCGGUGCUUGCUUGUUGGGCGCAGCAGUCUGCUUCUUCGUCGCAUUCAUGACCCUUCCUUUCCUCGCCAUCAAUCCAGCGAAGUUUGCUUUGGCGUUUAGGUUCUCAGUCCUCAUCGGGCCAAUAAACCACGCAAAACAUCUGGUUUCAAAAGAGCGACUACCAUUCACCCUCGUCUACUUCUCAAGCUUGGGCUUGACCCUCUAUUUCUCCAUCAGCGUCCACUCGUACUUGGGUUCGCUAUUAGCAGGUGUCGUCCAGGUAGUAUCUCUGGUAGCGUAUGUCUUGGCGUACUUCCCAGGAGGUACGCAGACUUUGCGCUUUGGUGGACAAGUCGCACUUCGAGGAGCAGGAAGCCUACUACCUUUCUAGCACCAACGACAAAAACCCAUAACACGACUUGUAUCCUCACACACGAUAUCUGACUACUUGCACGUUAUCUAUUCCGACGACGCCCAUCAGUCCAUAGUGAACGCAGCGCGAUAAUUUUGACAACGACAAACAAUUACGAAAUAUCUCCAGAGCCUCGUGAAACCCAACCGUAUCCCUCAACCUCUGUGACAUGAUCUCAAUAUAUCCCUGGUAUGACUCACUGCCACUCAGUUCCCAGCGUAUCCACCGUCAAAUCAAGAUCAAUGUUGAUGGCCUCGCCAGCGCACCAAUCAAUCUUUUGCCCGCG